AUGAAGCAUUAAAAAUAGGAAUUUAAAUUUGAUUUAACUACAAUAGGUUAGAAAUGCAAAAAUACAUAAUACAAUCCAAGAAGAUUUCCUGCUGUAUUUAUGAGAAUUAAAGAGCCUAAAGCUACAGGACUAAUAUAUGCCUCUGGAAAUAUGACGAUUGUUGGGACAAAGAGUAUAGAAGAAAGCUAAAGAGCAGCAGAAAAAAUGUUAAAAGAUAUUAAAAGGGCUUUAGAAAUAAAAGAAGGAGAAUGCGAAUUUUAAGAAAAAAAAAUUUAAGUUAGAAAUAUUGUGGCUUCAUGCAAAUUAGGUUAUAAAAUAAAUUUAAAUAGUUUAAAUGAAGAUAAUGAACAUAAUAAAUUUGCAACUUAUGAAGAUACAUUUCCUGGAUUAAUAUAUAAAAAAUUUAAUAGUAAUAUUGUUGCUUUAAUUUUUGCGAGUGGUAAAAUGGUUUUUACAGGCGCUAAAAGUGAACAAGAUAUUAAAAAUGCAUUUGAAUAAAUGGGAUAAGCGUUCUAAAAAUUCGAAAAAAAAAAUACUUAGAAUUAAGAAUAAUGA